AAAUCUAUUUUUACGGCAUUUUUAGUGCAAAUUGGACAACCAUGAAUCGAGCCAUCGCCCUCAAAUUUAUACUAUGUUCUGUACUUCUCGUACUGUAUCCCAGGACUGAAAGCCAGUGGGCGCCAAGGUCACCUCCAUUACCAGUUAACCUUCCUCCACUUUGUGCAUCCCAGUAUGCACUAGUAAAUCAUGCCUGUUCAACAUUGCCAUUCACCCCGCUCCCUCCACCCCCUCGUCUGUCGUCAUUUUCUCAGUCCAAUCAUUCAAGCCAUAGGCAUCGGCACAGACAUGAACACAGACACACAAGGAAAGGACAUAAGGAAGAACGUGGAGAACAUGAUUGUUGCCGGUGGUUCAGAGAACUUGACAGUGUUUGUGUUUGUCAUCUGCUCGUGCGCUUGCCCCGAUUCCUUACUAGGCCUGUGCACAAUUACACUGUCAUCGUUGACGAAACAUGCGAUGUGACUUUCCAGUGCGGGUCAAGUUGGGUUAGGGUCUGAAUUUUACCAGUGAGUUACUACGCGUGAAAGUUAAUUUUAUGUUUUGUCUAUUUAGUUUCUGUCAAAAUGUUUUUACAUAAGAAAUCAACCUCCUUUGUUUCCUCUGUUGAAACAUAGUUUAACUUGUUUUAUAUGUGAAAAACGCGAUAACUGAAGUA